AUGAGAGAUCGGCCCGUCAUCAGCAUCGAAAAUUACACCAUGUACUGCGGCGAUGCUGAUGAGAACAAAGUAGGUGGCUGCGCGAUAGCUGUGAGGAACGAUUACAAGAACCUGGUGGAGGAAUUUGGCUCAACGUCGUCUAGAUGCGCCUUUUUACGACAGCGGGAUCACAGAGGACGUAAACUCUGGAUCAUAAGUGCUCACGCACCUACGGAAACCGCUGAGGACAACAGUAAGGACGCCUUCUAUGAUGAACUCAAUGCGUUGAUGUCUAAAAUACCAAGCCAGCAGGUGGUCAUUGUCGGAAUCGAGGCAAAUGCGAAGAUGGGAACAGCAAUCCGAUGUGCUAGGAAAAUGGUACUAUGCAGCAGAGCGCACGUCGGACAACGGUGA